AUAGGCUAGAAACAUAUUUGCUCCGCUAAUUAUUUGUAAUUUGUGAUUUUAUUGUGUACGAAAGUCUACUAAUUUAUACCGUACAUCAGUUUAAACUGCAUGUCAGGUCAAGUGUGGAGUAACUUUGGUUACAUUCGGAAUAAACAAUGAACACCACCCGAGUGGCUAUUUGUCGUACCUGUCUGGUGGAAGGAGCUCCCUUGAUCAGCUUGUUCAGCAACUACGAACCAGUGGCCGGUGACGGAAACGGCGAGGAAGAGGACGAAUCAUCACGCGUCCAGCUCAGUACAAUCUACAGCGAACUAACUCGGUUGCCACUGCGGGUGGAACCGAUUCCGGCGGAAAUUUGUUUCCCGUGCGCGGAACGUCUCAAGGAGAUUGAUCGAUUCCGUCGUAAGGCAGUGGCGGCUUACGAGGAACUAGAAACAAAAGCAAACAUUGCCCAGAUCAUAAGCCAGCUGGACCAGAGCAGUUUGGGUAGUGUGCGAAACAAUCGACUAGAGGAAGACUUUGCCGAAGAACUGAUUGCGGAGGAUGAACUAAGCAGCAGACCGAAGGUUCCGUUAGCCGCGGGAGAACAACGCUGCGACGUCUGUCAGAAGGUAUUCAAAAAUAAAAUGAUGCUUUUUCGCCACCAGGAAAUUCAUGCUAGCGAAAAUAAGUACAAGUGCCGUUACUGUGGCCGGUGGUAUCGAGCCAGAAGCAGCUGGUAUAAUCACGAACUAAAGCAUCGUCGCGCGGUAGGAAGGAAGAAAAAAUUAGAACAGGAAUUUUUGUGUGAGAUUUGUGCCAAGCGCUUCAAGGCAAAGAAUGCGCUGAGAUACCAUCUGGAAAUAGUUCACGAAGGGGUAAAGCGCUUCCGGUGUGACAUAUGCAGCAAAAGUUUCACCAGAAAUGGUUCGUUAGCUGAACACAAGCUUAUUCAGCACGCCGGUAUCAAACAGUUCUCGUGCAAAAUUUGCUGUAAAGCGUUCGGAAAAGAAGAUUCCCUCAAGACACAUGAAACCAUUCAUUCAGGAAAGCGCUUCGGUUGUGAACUGUGCACCAAAACGUUCCUGAAAAAAGCGUUUCUGAAUGCCCAUAUAGCAAAGGUACAUCCCAGCGACGAGGCUCCAAAACCCGUCACUUGUCACGUCUGCCAAAAGACAUUUACUUCAACGUACCACCUCAAAACUCAUCUUUUGAUCCACACCGACGAUCGACCGGAGAAGUGUCAUCUGUGCGGCGCCUCGUUUCGACAGAAGCAACAGUUGAAGGUCCACAUGUACCAGCACACGGGAAAACCAUUCAAGUGUCAAUUUUGUGCGGCUGCUUUCGGAAUUCGAGUCCGACUGAAAGUACAUCAAGAGAAAAAUCAUCCGGUUGAAUUGCGAAACUUGACCGUACAACCAUCGCAGCAACCACCGCAAAUAAUCAACGAGCCGGACUUUGGAGACGGUGCCAUAAACGAGGAAAUUUUGAACGAAAUUUGCUAUCAAAUUAACGCCAAUCAGAUCGUCCUGCAGAACAUCGAGGACGAUGGUGUGAAUUUAAUCUACAGCAGCAACGAGCAUAUCGUUUUCUUCGACGAUGGAAAUAAUCUUCUACCGGACGAGAUUGAAGGCGUUGACCCGAUUGGACAGUUGUACGAUUUUACGAAACAGGGCUACAGCCUGCCCGCAACCGAGGAAAGAUCAGACUUGCAUGAAAACCAAUGA